AUGGGGCUGCGAGCUGGAGGGGCGCUGGGCAGGGCCGGGGCGCGCCCGGGGGCGCCGGGGGCCCCCGCGCCGAGCGGCGGCGCGCAGGGCGGCAGCAUCCACUCCGGCUGCAUCGCCGCGGUGCACAACGUCCCUAUGAGCGUGCUUAUCCGGCCCUUGCCGUCCGUGCUGGACCCGGCCAAGGUGCAGAGCCUCGUGGACACGAUCCGGGAGGAUCCCGACAGCGUCCCCCCUAUCGACGUCCUCUGGAUCAAAGGGGCCCAGGGUGGUGACUAUUUCUACUCCUUUGGCGGCUGCCACCGCUACGCAGCCUACCGGCAGCUGCAGCGAGAGACCAUCCCUGCCAAGCUCGUCCAGUCCACCCUCUCGGACCUCAGGGUGUACCUGGGUGCUUCCACACCGGACUUGCAGUAGCAGCCGCCUUGACACCUGCCACCCCUUCCCGAGGGCCCAGAAGACCCACGUGGCCUCCAGUGGGCGGGGCCAUGCAGAAGGUGGAGGGGUGCCUUCCCUGUGCCCGGGGACGGGGCGAGGUCUGACUCUGAGCACCUGAUCGCCAGCUGCCAGGCCUUGGACUCAUUCCUGAAUGGUGUGGGAGCCCCAGAUCCGACUGCCGCGAAAAUGGGGUCAUAUCUUUGAUCUCGAGGUAUUUUGGAGAGCACGCGAUGGAAAAGGAGAUGGGUUCGGAGAGCCCCAGACUGCUGGCUCGAGUCCCGAGGACACAGUUUUGUCUGUGUCUUUCCCAGUAGGCAGAAUACAUUCGGCUGCGAGGAAAGGAGGCCUAAGUUACAGCGGCUUAAAAAGAGAGAAGUGUGUCCACAUAGCAGGAAUUCUGGAGGGAGGUGGUAGUGGUUCGGCACCCUGGCAAAGGCAGAGCUCACAGCCCUGUGAUUCCUUUUGGCCCCUCCCUCCUUGCUUGUUAUUUCGUGGUCAAAGAUCGCAGGCGUGCCUCCAGAAUUCAUGGCUGUGGUCAAGGGAGAAAGGUGCAGGGGAGGAGGAAGGGCCAAGCCUGCUGUCAACUUCUUUUAUAAACUCUCACCUUUUGCAGAGGCCUAUUUCCUGUUCCAUCCCCCUGCAUAUUUCCGUUUGGUGUCCUUGGCCCAAACCGGCUACCAUUCCCACUCCUGGCUGCAAAGAAAGUUAAGAUGGCAGGGAGCAGAAUUGUCAUAAGUAGCAGACCCUUCAUAUCCCAUCUCCUGGGACUGGCACACUGUUUCCUGAAAUAAAAUAAUUGGAAUCCCAUUGCCAAGAGAGACAUGAGGAGCUGUGUAUCAGUUAGUCUUUGCUGUGUAACAAACCAUCCCAGAACCUGACCGCUAAACGCACAGCAUUCAUUCGCCCGUAGUUCUGUGAGUUUGUAGUUUAGGCCGGGUGCAUGUGGACAGUUCUGCUGGUCUCACCCAAGGUCACCCCCAAGGCUGCAUGCAGCCAGCUGGUACCCCAGAAGGGGCUGGAUGGUCCAGGAUAGCCCUACUCACUUGUCUAGCAUUGGGCGGGCUGUUGCCGGGCUGACUUGGCCCUCCUCUACGCAGUCUCUCCAGCAGCUCAGCUCAGGCUUGUUCAGCUGGCUUCUUCUUGAGUUUUAGGCCCAGAAUUGGCAAAACAUCACCUCUGCGAUAUUCUUUUGGUUAGAGCAAAUCAUAUGACUGGCCUGGAUUUCAAGGGGUGGCAAAACAGACUACAGCUCCUACUGGGAGACACUGCAAACGAUUGGUGGCAUUUGUCAUGAGUCAUAAGCAGCUGUGCAUCGGCAAAUACCCGUUUCUGCCUGAUUGCACAGGGCCUUGAUCUGCCCAAGCUGAGGUUGGUUACCAAGACAUUGGCCUGGCCCCUAAAUCUAGGGGAUGAAGCGAAGGGGCAGGGGUGAAUCUCCCAGGGCGGGGCCUGCUCUAGUACAGGCAUCUCUCAGGGUCUGAGAUGGUGGGAUAGAGAUAGGCCGGGUGAGACAUUCCAAAGGGACUUCUGAAAAUAAGAGUCUCAGGUGACAGGAAGAGGGACAGGAAGGGUGCCGAGUGAGACAGGCUUUGUUCUCAUCGCCCUGCUAAGGAAACUUGGUCACAGGUGGUUUCCAUCUCCCCAGCUCGGUAACAAAGAUCACUGCUUUCCCACCCGUUCUCUCCCAGGCAAAGAUGACUGAGGCGACCAAUUUAAAUUUAAAAUGAAUACAGUCCUAAAUGCAGUGGGACAUCCUAGAACCAAAAAAGGGCAGUGACAGAAACAUUGGAGAUCUGAAUGAGGUCUGGGUUUUACUUAAUAACCUACCAAUGUCGGGCUCUUAGUUUUGGGAAAUGUACGUGUAAAAUGGGAGAUGAUGGGGGGUAGGCGGGGUGCAGAGUAUCCGGGAACUCGUUACUCUCUUUGCAACUUUUAUGCAAUUCAAAAACCAUUCCCAAAUAAAGGCUUAUUUAAUAAAA